AGCGGCGGUCGCUUCCGGCCGACCAGGCGCCGUGGAGGCCGAGGAGCUGCGAGGCGGUCUCGCGUGCGGCGGGGGCGUGCCGGCGGGAAGGCGCGUGGCGGGAGCUGGCGGAGCCGGCCCGUGUGAGCACGCCUUCGUUCCGCAUAGAGUCUGUCCCUUCUGACCCCGACUCCCCGGGAUCUCUCUUCCCGAGGUGGCCAUGGAUGCUUCGACUCUGCCUCCCACACCCCCUUCUCCGAGGUGCAACCCAGCCCCUCGGACCAUCCACAUUGAGUUCCCUCACCAUAGCUCCUCGCUGCUGGAGUCCCUGAACCGCCACAGGCUGGAGGGCAAGUUCUGCGAUGUGUCCCUGCUGGUUCAGGGCAGGGAACUUAGGGCCCACAAAGCCGUGUUGGCGGCUGCCUCGCCUUACUUCCACGACAAGCUGCUUUUGGGCGAUGCGCCCCGACUCACUCUGCCGAGUGUCAUCGAGGCCGAUGCCUUCGAGGGACUGCUUCAGCUCAUUUACUCGGGCCGCCUGCGCCUGCCCCUGGAUGCUCUCCCUGCCCAUCUCCUGGUAGCCAGUGGCCUGCAGAUGUGGCAGGUGGUAAAUCAGUGCUCAGAGAUCCUUCGAGAACUAGAGACAUCAGGCGGUGGGAUUUCGGCUGGUGGGGGAGCCUCCUACCACACAGUUCUUUCCACGACGUCGCCCGGGGGCUGGUGCAUCCGGUCCUCGCCUUUCCAGAACCCAGCGCCGUCCUCUGCUCCCGCAGAGAGCUCUGCGCCUGCUGAGGCCCCCGUUGGAGGGGAGGGGGGCGAAGUCGAAGGGGUGUUACAGAUCCAGGUGAAGGAGGAGGAGGACGAGCAGGGGUUGGCAGCCCCAGUCUUGCAGACGCCUCAGCCUCAGAGACUGCCCGGGGGCUUUUCCCAAGCUUGUGUCACCCAGCCCCAGCCUACAUCUGCGCUUCCCAGCCAGCCUCCCGAGGACGAGAGUUCAGCCCUGGAGCCCCCUGCCCCUCCUGUGCGAGCGUCCCAAGGCUUAUAUGUCAGUCAGGAACCCCCUGAGUCUAAGGAGGAGACUUCGGGAAGUAGGCCUGGGUCUGGAGGAACAAAGGAGAAGACCAGAGCACUUUCUGAAGGGGACUCUGAGGGAAAUGGGGAACUGAGAUACUUGCUGUCCUCGGGAGGAGGGGAGACAUCUGGGCCAGGAGAUCCGUCCUGGAAGCCCGUGGACCUUCACGGGAACGAGAUCCUGUCGGGGGGUGGGGGCCCUGGAGGAUCCGGGCAGGCUGUGCACGGGCCUGUGAAGCUGGGAGGGACGCCCCCUGCCGACGGGAAAUGCUUCGGCUGCCUGUGUGGGAAACGGUUUGCAGUGAAGCCCAAGCGAGACCGGCACAUCAUGCUGACCUUCAGCCUCCGCCCUUUCGGGUGCGGUGUCUGUAACAAACGCUUCAAGCUGAAGCACCAUCUGACGGAGCACAUGAAGACCCACGCCAGAGCUCUGCACGCGUGCCCCCACUGCGGCCGUCGGUUCCGUGUUCACGCCUUUUACCUUCGCCACCGGGACUUGUGCAAGGGCCAGGGCUGGGCCACUGCCCACUGGACUUACAAGUGACUGGGGACGCCCUGUGCUGGCUUCUAGGAUAAGACACAGCUGCCGCUGCUGUGGACUCUCACCCUUGACCACCUCAGUCCCGGAGCGUGCAGUCUCCCGAGAGACCACAUAUGUUAUGAGCCCCUCCUCUCGGCUGUGGGCCUCACUCACCCUGCUGUGCUGGGAAGUUCAGGGUUCUCAGUUCACACUUUUGAGCGCUUAGCCUAACUGGUCCUCUUUGUGUUGGUAGCCAGGGAGGAGACCAUUGGCUUCAGGUGAGGUCAUUGAGAGAAGAGUUGGAACAAAAUGACCUAGGAACUUUUGCUUCCCCCUCACCAAGAGGUAAAGGAGCUGGCUGGUCUCCCACCAGGAGCGCGUGUGAUUCAGAGAUCAAGCAAUUGCCAGACCGAACUCUCCCACACUCACAGCGGUGUCUUGUUUCUGCACAUCGUUUUUGCUGUGUCUUUCUAGAAGCUUUUUAGAUUAUACUUUGCCUUCUCACCAGUACACACCUUCCAAAAUGUCCUUUCAAAAAUGUACUUGAGCCAGGCAGUGGUGGUGGCGCACGCCUUCAAUCCCAGCACUCAGGAGGCAGAGGCAGGUGGAUCUCUGUGAGUUCGAGGCCAGCCUGGUCUACAGAGUGAGUUCCAGGACAGCCUCCAAAGCCACAGAGAAACCCUACUCGAAAAAUCAAAAAAAAAAAUGUUUGAGCAUGCAACAAGUGUGGUUGCUCACACAUUUAAUCCCAACACUUGGGAGGCAGAGGUAGGCGGAUGUCUGUGAGCUCCAGACCAACCUGGGUAGCUUAGUUAUCCAGGAUAACAAGUUUCAGGCCAGUCAGGGCUGCGGUGAGACCUGGUCUUUUUAAAAAAGUUCUUGAGCACUUUAACAUAUCGAGCAUUUCAUAUGUAAUUCCCAAACCCUAAGAGGACAUUCCCUCAACAGCCUUUGCUCUUGUGUGCCGUGGACUACCACUGACAACUUGCUUAUGAUCCCAGUGACAGAUGUGACCAGUGACCUCAGGAGAGGGCAGCUGACCUAAAACGCUCUCAGGGCAGCGCCAUGGCUCUCGGAACAACCUGCCCUGAUCAGGAGGACUCAGGGUCGAGACGGCACAUGGCGGAUUCUGCAGAAUAACUGUACAGUGGGGCCAUCCUGCCUCCUUUUCCAUCCCGCCCACACGGGGUAGAAGCAGCUCCUUUGUAGAGGUGGAGGGUAGAUGAUAGGAUGGAGGGGAGGAGAUUUAAAGUUACUUAUUUCAUUACUUAAUAAACUCUUCCCUGAAAUCAAA